GAACCAGAAGACCAGAGCCCAGAAGAUCGGACGGGCCGGGACUCCGGGGCCCCGCGCUCUCCUCCUCCGGGGUUAGGGUUUUGACCGGCGGCCAUGGCCCUCUCCUCCUCGCUGCUCCGCCGCCUCCUCCUCCGCGGCUCCACCCCGGUCUCCUCCUCCUCCGCCACCUUUUGCUCCUCCGCCGGCUCGCCCACUCAAUCGCCCCUGUCCUCCGUCUUCGGCGACGACACCGAGGUCAGCAACGUUCCGCCGCUCACCACCCCCAAGCUUUUCAUCAGCGGUCUUUCAAGGUUAACAACCGAUGAGAAGCUUAAAAAUGCCUUUGCGCCCUUUGGGCAACUACUUGAAUCAAAAGUCAUAACAGACAGAAUUUCUGGAAGAUCCAAGGGCUUUGGUUUUGUUAGAUAUGCGACUUUAGAAGAAGCUGAGAAUGCUCGGCAGGAGAUGAAUGCAAAAUUUCUAGAUGGAUGGGUUAUUUUUGUUGAUCCUGCUAAACCAAGGGAGCAUAAACCUGCUCCUCAGCCGGACACUCAUUCAUCACACACUGGCUUCACAACGCACAAAACUGUAGGAUGGUGUGGUUAGUCAGAUAGCAGUAUAGCACUGUGGUGUUAUAACUAAAAAAACUUUGAUAUGUAGUUUGAUAGAAAUGUCAUUCAUAUGAAUUAUGUGUUGGACGUCCGUGAUUAUUGUUCUAAAUAUUGAACACUAUAUUUGUUGCCCAAUUGGGGAAACUAAUGAA